GAGCAUGUCUAAUCCACCCAACGCCUUUUGUGCGCAUUUGUACGAUGACUUCGGUGUCAGAGAGUCCUUCCGCACCUCUCCCAUCAGACCGGAAGCGUGGAAGGUUGGAGAUGAGCUGUCUUCAAGAAAAAUGAUGGCUAUUGCGGCUGGCAAGCCUUGUACCUGAAAGAGCUAGGGGCACACCAAUGAGAGAAAGAGAGGGAGAGAGAGUGGGAGAGGGGGAGAGGGGGAGCGAAAAUUUUCUAUGGAUACUCCACAGCACGAAGGGGUGCACUUUUCCACGAGGUCUCGCACUGGCGCAUAAACCUUUGCCAGAGACAUGAACUCGCUAUUGGCCUUCAUGUUGUUCAUAUUGCCGUCAAAGCCCCAUUGGCGUCUUGCACUUGUAGCAGCGUUUCGGAGCUGUAUUGCAUAAGCGAAAAGAGGUUUCGGACCUGCCCUGGCCGCCAAUGAAGCCUCUGGUAUGCGCCCUCAUGGAUGAU